AUGAAUCGUUCAAUAAGAGCGGAGACGAGAAGUCGAGCCAAGGAUGACAUCAAGCGUGUUAUGCAAGUUGUCGAUAAAGUUCGAAGAUGGGAAAAAAAAUGGGUUACUGUCGGAGAGACAACAAUGAAAAUAUUUAAAUGGGUACCCGUUUCCAGUAUUGAACAUAAAAAAAAAACAAGUUUAAAAGAAAUGAAUAAAGAAAAUACGCCGGCUAGAAAAAAUAUUGAUUCAUCCACAUCGAAUUACGGCAUGGAUGAUUCCAAUACGUGUUUUUCAUUAAUGAGUGAUUCUCAAGGUGCCACAGAAUUUUCAACUCAAAUGCCAUUUUCAGAAGAUUCCAGUUCACAAGAAAGUGAAUCGCUUACAUCUAAAAGAUUAAAGACUGAACAAAAUGUGUAA